AAGCGGCGGUUGCGGAAGGAGAGGAGAGUUAGUGCUGCUGCUGUUGUUACCGGAGUGGGGUCAUGGACAGGCCACCGCUGCAGCACGGAGCCGUGUGUGGCCCCUGGGAGAUGAAGGACCGGCUGGGCACCGGGGGGUUCGGCAACGUGUGUCUGUAUCAAAACAAAGAAACUGCGCAGUUGAUAGCUGUCAAAUCAUGCCGACUGGAGCUGAGCGCAAAGAACAAAGAGAGAUGGUGCCAGGAGAUUCAGAUAAUGAAGAGAUUAAAUCACCCAAAUGUGGUGAAAGCAUGUGACGUGCCUCCUGAAAUGGACUUCCUAGUAAAUGAUGUGCCCCACUUGGCGAUGGAGUACUGCUCUGGAGGAGACUUGCGCAAGCUUCUGAACAAGCCAGAAAACUGCUGUGGGCUUAAGGAAAGUCAAGUGCUAAACUUAAUAAGCGACAUAGGCUCUGGAAUUCAGUAUUUGCAUGAAAAUCGAAUCAUCCACAGAGAUCUUAAACCAGAGAACAUUGUUUUGCUUGACUGUAAUGGAAAGACUGUCCAUAAAAUUAUUGACCUGGGAUAUGCCAAAGACCUUGAUCAAGGAAGUCUCUGUACUUCGUUUGUUGGUACCCUGCAGUACUUGGCACCAGAACUCUUUGAGAACAAAUCCUACAGUGUGACAGUGGAUUACUGGAGUUUUGGGACGAUGGUUUUCGAGUGUAUAUCUGGUUUCAGACCAUUUCUCCACAACAUGCAACCAUUCACCUGGCACGAGAAGGUAAAAAAGAAGGAUCCAAAACACAUUUAUGCAUAUGAAGAUAUGUCUGGAGAUAUUAGAUACAGCCACAAUCUGCCGUUGCCCAACAAUUUAUGCAGUAUCAUCAGGGAGCAGUUAGAGAUUUGGUUACAGUUGGUACUGAAUUGGGACCCUCGAAAUCGCGGGGGAGGGAUAGAUCCUCAGACAAACCGUCCACGAUGCUUCUUGCUACUGGACAAUAUACUAAACCUAAAGAUUGUGCAUGUUCUGAAUAUGACCUCUGCUAAGAUUCUCUCCUUUCUCCUGCUACCCGAUGAGAAUCUGCUUUCCCUACAGUCUCGUAUUGAGAGGGAGACAGAUAUCAACACCUGUAACCAGGAACUCCUGCUAGAGAUGGGUGUAUCACUUGACCCACGAAAGCCUGCCUCCCAGUGUGUCAUAGAUGGAGUGAGAGGAUGGGAUAGUUAUAUGGUAUACUUGUUUGAUAAAAGUAAAACGGUUUAUGAAGGACCCUUUCAAUCCAGAAGCCUGUCAGAAUGUGUUAAUUACAUUGUGCAGGACAGCAAAAUCCAGUUGCCAAUUCCACAACUGCGGAAGGUUUGGGCAGAAGCAGUUCACUAUGUUUCAGGACUAAAGGAGGACUACAGCCGUCUCUUUCAGGGCCAGAGGGCUGCUAUGCUAAGUCUGCUGCGCUACAAUACCAACCUCACCAAGAUGAAGAACACUAUGGUAUCUGCAUCACAACAACUAGAAGCUAAGCUGCGUUUUUUCAAACAGAGCAUCGAUAUAGACCUGGAACGCUACAGCGACCAAAUGGCUUAUGGGAUCUCUUCAGAAAAGAUGCUGAGGGCCUGGAAAGAAAUGGAAGAUAAAGCAGUCACGUGUACAAAGGCUGGUCAGAUUAGUUUCUUGGAUGAGCAGAUCAUGGAGCUUCAUACAGAGAUUGUGGAACUGCAGAGGAGUCCAUAUGCACGCAGACAAGGAGAUGUGAUGGACCAAUUAGAAAAAAGAGCCAUAGAACUAUACAGACAACUGAAGCAAAGGAAUUCUACUCCAGAUAAUGCCUACUGUGACAGCACUGAAAUGGUGAAGAUAAUUGUGCAGAUGGUGCAAAGCCAGGACAGAGUACUGAAAGAGCUAUUUGGACACCUAAGCAGGCUUUUGGGAUGCAAGCAAAAAAUCAUUGUUCUGCUUCCCCAGAUCGAAAUGACUGUGAAUAGAAUUAAAGAGGCAGACAGUUCCCUCAUGCAAAUGCAGGCAAAGAGGCAGAGAGAAAUCUGGCACCUUUUGAAAAUUGCUUGUACGCAAAGUUCCGCCCGUUCUUUAGGAGGUUCCAGUAUAGAAACAUCUGCAACUUCUAGGACCACCGGCUGGCCUGAUAAAAGCCUUCCUCAGCCACUUUCCUCAAUGCUAAUAUCCAAAGAGAAGAGCAGGGAAACCUGCAGGAAAGUGAUUGAUGAAAACAUAACUUAUCAGAAAGAGCUCAGCACAGUAAUUCUAGCAGCUACGGUGGAACAGGAAAAUAGCAUAAUGAGUAUGGAUUGGAGCUGGCUUCAGCAGUGAUUGGAAGAAGACAAGAAACCUCCAAGAGCAAGACAAAACAUGGAGCCGCCUCUCUUUAGUCUAACGAAUGUACAUCAUCUUCUCUUCAAUGUGGGAUCCAUCUCCACCAGAAAGAUUCUCUGCAUGUGGUGUGAAAUAUUCAGGGUUCAGAUUCUGAAAUGAUUUGUCUGCCUAUGUUUUCUAGUAAUGUGGCAGUCUAAUUUUCUUAUUUCUCUUGCACUUUGCUAUGUAUAAUUUUAUUCCAUUUUUGUAUGAAGUGCAGUGUUUCUAAGUUGCGUAUUACAACUGUCAAGUGAAACCACAUGCAAAAUAUGUAUGUGUUUUAAUUGCCAUAUGACAUUCUAUAAUGUCAUUAUUAUUUUUUUCCUCUGAGAGGAAGCGAGCUGGCCCCAGGAAUAUGUAAACUACAAACCUCUCCAUAAAGUGGAAUUAUUUUUUUAUUUUUUUUUAAAGAUUUUAAUUCGUGCCUUAAAUUUUAAGAAAUUUUAAAUUAAUAUCCCACAUAACAAUCUGGGCUAUUUUUGUGACACUUAACUUUUUGCGAUGUAGAGUAUGCUGCUGAUGUGAGGUUUUAAGAGUUAUUCACCAAAGUGAGGAUUGUCAAGGAAUUUCCAAUUUAAGGCCAAAAUAUUCUAACGGGGGGGGGA